AUGGUGCUAGCUGGGAUGGACACUUCGGCAGCAACAACGGAAUGGGCAAUGGUUGAACUAAUUAAGCAUCCGAAAGCAAAGAAAAAACUUCAAAAGAAGCUAGAAGAAAUUGUAGGGUUAAACCAAAGGGUGGAUGAAUCCCAUCUCCCCAGCCUUAAAUACCUUGAUUGUGUCAUUAAAGAAUCCAUGCGACUCCACCCCGUUGGCCCCAUCCUUGCCCACAAGGCAAUGGAAGAAUGCGAGGUGGACGACUUCCACAUACCCAACAAAUCACGAGUUCUUGUAAAUGUGUGGGCCAUCGGGAGAGAUCCAGAUGCCUAG